GCGGCUUGUAAACAGAGCCGGGCCGGGCGGGUCAGCGGCCGGGAGCGCUGUCACCGUGAGGUGGGCGCGCUGCCCACGCCGAUGCCCCGCAGGGCGUAGACUGCAGGCCGGGCCGGUGGAGGGCAGGAGCCUCCGGGAAAUCGGGAAUUGGCAAGGCAUUGCUUUGACAAACACUUUCCUGUUGACUUUAUAAAGAUCGCACGGAAAAAUCGUCUCAAAGGAACGUUUCUCUGCUUAUACUCCAGGAGAUAGCCAAGGCUUUCAAUGACCUGGAAAACAUCAGCGAGCCUUGUGCUUGGCCUGCUCCAAGGAAGCUGAAUGAAGGUGUCUUCAGCUUGUUUCCAUAGCUCUAUUGUGGAAGCACCUCCUUGUUGGAUGAAUGUCCCUGAAGCCCUUCUCUGACACAGCUUAGAAGGCGUAGACCUGUUGGAACCAAUGACAUGGAAGCCUUAGAAGUGGAUGAUAUCAGCCCAGCCUUAGAAGUGACGGAGGAUUUCUUCAACACUUUUGAUAGUAAGCUAGAAAAGGCAGUGCAACAAGCAGAGGUCUAUGGGGUUCAUGAGGUCCCUGAACUAGUGGGGCACGAGUUACUCAGUAACAUUACAGACAAUGGUGCUAUGAGAAACCCUGUGUCUCUGGGCAAGGGGGGCCUGGUUUGGGACCACUGUAAGAGCAGGCUCUUGGAAACCAAAGCUCAAAAUGUCUUUCCUGCCAAAGAACAGUUUAUGGUCCAGAGAGGGACAACUCCUGAUAAUCUUUCAUGGAUGGAACAAAAGGAAGCAUCAACCUUUAAUUUUUUCAAUGUGUGUCAGCGCCGGAGGGAUAGACCUCGUUCUGUGAAUGAUUUAUUGGAUGAGACCUCUACUUUCAAGCCGGGCCAUGCUCGAUCAAGGUCUGAUAUUACCCACGUGGACUGGAGGGUCGUUCUUCCGACGAUGCCUCUGGAGCAACAGCCUCCACCUCCGCAGCCAUCCCUUCAAGGCACUCACUUUGCCAGGCCCUCUUUUCUGUUAUCCUCACCAAAUACAUUAGAAGAUGCCCAAGGAAAUACUGAACACAAGCGAACUUUCCCAAAUAUUCUGAAAAAGGGUUACCUGGAGAUUAGGAAGGACCACGACAGUUACUGGCAAAGCUGUUACGCAGAACUCUCACCCUACAACUUAUACUUCUACAGCCUUGACAACAGUGGCAAUCAAAGCCUGUAUGCCACGUACCAGCUCUCGCAUUUCCAGAGCAUAUCCGUUUUGGGCAAUCUUGAGGCCAGGAUGGUAGACACCGUUCUGUAUGACAACACCCAGCUCCAGCUAAAGGCAGAGUCACCAUGGGAAGCCCUGGACUGGGGGCAGAAGCUUUGGGAAGUCGUGCAUGCUACAGUGCCUAGUUCCUUGGGGCGGCAGGAUGAGCUGACAAACUCGCCAGGGCUUGGCCAUCCUGUUGACUAUGCCCAGAACCAUUGUUUACAGAAGAAGCCCAGUGGGCUGCAGCCGCCAUCCUGUGUCUCAAACGAUCCCAAGCAGUACCAGAAUAUCCUCAAGUCAGGGACGCUCUACAGACUGACUGUCCAGAACAACUGGAAGGCAUUCACGUUCGUGCUGAGCAGGGCCUACCUCAUGGCUUUUCAGCCCGGCAAGCUAGACGAGGAUCCUCUGCUGAGCUACAAUGUGGACGUGUGUCUGGCUGUCCAAAUGGAUCCCCUGGAUGGCUGUGACUCUUGCUUCCAAGUCAUUUUUCCCCAGGAUGUUCUCCGCCUCCGAGCUGAGACCCAGCAGAGGGCCCAGGAGUGGAUGGAGGCUCUGAGGACUGCUGCUAACAUCGCGAGGAGUUCAGAACAAAACCUGCAGGUCACCCUGAGGAGCAAACCCAAGGAUCAUCCGGGUGGGCACGAGCUCAGGAAGAACAAGCGCCAGUCUGUGACCACCAGCUUCCUGAGCAUUCUGACGACCUUGUCUUUGGAACGAGGACUCACUGUGCAGAGUUUCAAGUGUGCAGGAUGUCAACGAUCCAUUGGUCUUUCAAAUGGAAAAGCCAAGGUGUGCAAUUACAGUGGGUGGUAUUACUGCAGCAACUGCCAUGUGGAUGACAGCUUCCUCAUCCCCGCACGCAUAGUCCACAACUGGGAUACUUCAAAGUAUAAGGUGUCCAAGCAGGCCAAAGAGUUUCUGGAGUACGUGUACGAAGAGCCGCUGAUCGACAUCCAGCAGGAGAACCCCAUGCUGUACCUCCACGCCGAGCCGCUGGCGACGGUGGUGCGGCUGCGGCAGCGCCUCAAAUCCCUCCGAGCCUAUUUGUUCAGCUGCCGGGCAGCGGUGGCCGAGGAUCUGCGGCGCAGAAUUUUCCCCAGAGAAUACCUCCUUCAACAGAUCCACCUGUACUCCCUUGCAGACCUGCAGCAGGUGAUAGAGGGAAAACUGGCUCCGUUUUUGGGCAAGGUCAUUAAGUUCGCCACCUCGCACGUGUACAGCUGCAGCCUUUGCAGCCAGAAGGGCUUCAUCUGUGAAAUCUGUAACAACGGAGAGAUCCUCUACCCCUUUGAGGAUAUUUCAACAAGCAGAUGUGAAAGCUGUGGAGCUGUUUUUCAUUCCGAAUGCAAAGAAAAGUCUGUCCCCUGCCCGAGAUGUGUCCGUCGAGAGCUGCAGAAGAAGCAGAAAUCCUUCUGGCGGCGGCUGAACAUGGACGAGAGCCUGGAGGAGGCAUGCGCCAUGUUUGAACUCUCCUACCAGGACACCUGACUCCGACUGCCCGCCCCCCAUCAGGAUGCACCCAGCAACACCCACCAGCCCCAGUGGCUUCCUAACUAGCCAGUUAGACCCCUUUGGAAGAGGAGCCUGUCUCAUCCUCAACUCGAUAUAGCUAGAUAUCUAUCUAUUUAUUUAUAUAUACAUAUCCCUGUUCGUCCAGUGCAUAGUUGUAUAAAUCAUUGUCGGAGGGUUUGCAGAGCCUCUGGGCUACCCGUGCCUGUUUAGCACUUAGCCAUGACUUGCAGCCUGCUCACCCCCAAGCACAGAGGGGUUUCCAGGCCAGGCUUCGGUGUCCAGACUUUUUCUCUUCUGGCUCCAGAGCCCAUUUAUGACACAGCCGCAGGUGGAAGCAUUUCCUGCAGUGUGGAGUGCUCCAGGGUAUUUCUGAGGUAUUUAUUUUUAGCUCUCCCAGAGGCUGAGGUGACCCAGGCAAGCACCCCUCAUCAUGGGAUUCAUGAGAAAAUGUUUAAAACCCAAGAAUGCUCUAGGCCCCAGAACCCUUUGGCCCUCUUGCCUCAGUUCCUCCCCGAGACGGAAGGGGCACCUAGGCAAGGGGCUGUGGCGGGGCUCCUGAUGCGAAAGGAGAGCUGGUUCUGCUUGGGGUUGAUGUCAGAAGGAAGAGGCCUCAGUAAGCUGUAACAGGCGGUUGCAGGUCUGUUUGCUGGUACAAAUGGUGGGUCCAGCUAGAUGCUGUGACUGUCCACUGCACCUGCCAGGCUGGAAACAGCUGUCAAGACCUGUUUUCCAAGGGUGUCGUGGGUGAUAUUUUACACAUCCUAGAAUUGUGGUCAAAGCCAUGGGUGUAUUGGCUGGUACACAGG